ACCUAAACUUAAUUUCUCCACUUUAAGAGUUGAAAUUGAAUGACUGUUAGCAGCCGUUUUGUUCAGCAGUAUGGCGGCUCCUCUCACUGACCAGGAGAAGCGUAAACAGAUCAGUAUCAGAGGAAUUGUCGGGGUGGAGAACGUCGCCGAGUUGAAGAAAGGUUUUAACCGACACCUCCACUUCACUUUGGUCAAAGACAGGAAUGUAGCGACGCCGCGCGAUUAUUACUUCGCCCUCGCGCACACGGUUCGAGAUCACCUGGUGGGAAGAUGGAUCAGAACCCAGCAGUUCUACUACGAGACCGAUCCCAAGCGGGUGUACUAUCUCUCUCUGGAGUUCUACAUGGGCAGAACCCUCCAGAACACCAUGAUUAACCUGGGGCUGCAGAACGCCUGUGACGAGGCCAUCUACCAGCUGGGUUUGGACAUGGAGGAUCUGGAAGAGAUGGAGGAAGAUGCCGGGCUGGGGAACGGAGGCCUGGGCAGACUGGCAGCAUGUUUCCUGGACUCCAUGGCCACCCUGGGUCUGGCAGCGUACGGUUAUGGCAUCCGUUAUGAGUAUGGGAUCUUCAAUCAGAAGAUCAAGGAAGGUUGGCAGGUGGAAGAAGCAGACGAUUGGCUGCGUCAUGGUAACCCUUGGGAGAAGGCCCGCCCUGAGUACAUGCUACCAGUGCACUUCUACGGCAGAGUGGAGGAGUCUAAGGAAGGGGCCAGAUGGGUGGACACACAGGUGGUCCUUGCUAUGCCUUAUGACACGCCCAUCCCUGGAUAUAUGAACAACACAGUCAACACCAUGAGGCUGUGGUCUGCCAGAGCUCCCAACGACUUCAACCUGAUGGACUUCAAUGUUGGAGAUUACAUCCAAGCUGUUCUGGACAGGAAUCUGGCGGAGAAUAUUUCUCGUGUGCUUUACCCCAACGAUAACUUCUUUGAAGGGAAGGAGCUGCGGCUGAAGCAGGAGUACUUCGUGGUGGCUGCUACCCUCCAGGACAUCAUCCGACGCUUCAAGAACUCCAAGAAGGGCUCCUCCGGCCCGGUCUCCUUCGACAGCUUCCCAGAGAAAGUGGCCAUCCAGCUGAAUGACACUCAUCCUGCCAUGGCCAUCCCAGAGCUCAUGAGGGUCUUUGUGGACAUUGAGAAACUCGACUGGGACACGGCGUGGGCCAUCACCAAGCGGACCUUUGCGUACACCAAUCACACGGUGCUUCCCGAGGCUCUGGAGCGCUGGCCCAUUGGACUGCUGGAGACCCUGCUACCCAGACACCUUCAGAUCAUCUACAGGAUCAACCAGGGACACCUGGACGAGAUUUCAGCUCUCUUCCCAGAGGACGUGGAUCGGAUACGCAGGAUGUCUCUGAUCGAGGAGGACGGGGGAAAGAGGGUCAACAUGGCUCACCUGUGCAUCGUGGGAUCUCACGCCGUCAACGGAGUCGCUGAGAUACACUCCAACAUCAUCAAGAAUGAUGUGUUCCGAGACUUCAGCGAAUUAGAACCGGAGAAGUUCCAGAACAAGACCAAUGGCAUCACUCCUAGACGCUGGCUCCUCCUCUGUAACCCGGGAUUGGCUGAGCUCAUUGCUGAGGCCAUUGGGGAGGAAUAUGUGAAGGACCUCAGCCAGUUACAGAAGCUCAAUGAGCUGGUAGACGAUGAUACCUUCAUCAGAGAUGUGUCUAAAGUCAAGCAGGAUAACAAGGAGAAGUUUUCCCAGUACCUGGAGAAAGAGUACAUGGUGGAAAUCAACCCGUCCUCUAUGUUCGACGUCCACGUCAAGAGGAUUCAUGAGUACAAGCGCCAGCUCCUCAACUGCCUUCACAUCGUCACCAUGUACAACCGCAUCAGGAAGAACCCAAAAGCACCUUUUGUUCCCCGGACUGUGAUCAUUGGUGGCAAGGCUGCGCCGGGGUACCACAUGGCCAAGAUGAUCAUCAAGCUGAUCACGGCUGUGGGAGAGGUGGUCAACAAAGAUCCUGUGGUGGGCAGCAAGCUGAAGGUCAUCUACCUGGAGAACUACAGAGUCUCUCUGGCUGAGAAAGUAAUCCCAGCCACGGACCUGUCUGAGCAGAUCUCCACAGCUGGCACGGAGGCGUCCGGCACUGGCAACAUGAAGUUCAUGCUGAACGGAGCACUCACCAUCGGCACCAUGGACGGAGCCAACGUAGAGAUGGCCGAGGAGGCUGGAGAGGAGAACAUGUUCAUCUUCGGCAUGAGGGUGGAGGACGUGGCAGAGAUGGACGUACAGGGCUACGAUGCCGUGACGUAUUACCAGAAGAUUCCAGAACUGAAGCAAGCCAUUGAUCAGAUCAACAGUGGAUUCUUCUGUCCCAAACAACCAGAGCUCUUCAAAGACGUCACCAAUAUGCUUUUCAACCAUGACCGCUUCAAGGUGUUUGCAGACUAUGAGGACUACAUAAAGUGCCAGGAGAAAGUCAAUGAACUAUAUCAGAACCCGAGGGAGUGGACCAAGAUGGUGAUCAAGAACAUCGCUGCGUCUGGGAAGUUCUCUAGCGACCGCACCAUCACCGACUACGCCACGGAGGUGUGGGGGGUGGAGCCUACAGAUCUGAAGAUCCCGCCCCCCAAUGAGCCACGCGAGGCCCUCGACGAGACGGCCAGGGCGCUGCGGGAGAAGUGCUACACUGUUGCAACCAGAUUCUUACCGUGUCUUUCAGUUGCCAACUGGCUCAUACUGUACUUGAAAGUGAAGUUAUCAAAAAAAGUUUCAUGACCCUUAAUUUUCAAAUAUUCUGUAUUUGUUACUUAAAAAUAAAUCUAAUCGUCUCUGA